GCAGUCUCUGACUUGAAUCCAGCACAGUGACUCAAUAGAACUCUGCUCUGCCAUGAAGUCGCUUGUUCUUUUCCUCUUGGGCAUCAUCUUCCUGGAUCAGUGUGGAGUUCAAGGAACCCUAAUAAUAAGGAAUCAGCGUUGCUCCUGCAUCAGCACCAGCCAAGGCACGAUCCACUACAAAUCUUUAAAAAGCCUCAAACAAUUUGCCCCAAGCCCUAAUUGCAACAAAACUGAAAUCAUCGCUACACUGAGGAACGGAGGUCAAACCUGUCUGGACCCAGAUUCAGCAAAUGUGAAGAAGCUGAUGAAAGAAUGGGAGAAACAGGUCAGCCAAAAGAAGAAGCAAAAGAAGGGGAAAAAACAUCAAAAGAACAAGAAAACCCGAAAAGCUAAGCCCCAACGUCGUCCUUCGAAGAAGACUACUGAAGUGCUCCGUGUUUAAGUGGUUUUUCCAUCUUAGCGAAAUGCCUUCACCUGGGAGCACCCUUUAACACAUAAGCUCCUUAACUUGGCUAGAAGAUCUAAAGCAUGAUUUUAAAAUUAUAACCAACGCUACAAAGUUAAUUGUAGAACCCAAGUAGUAAAAAUUGAUAGAGGCAAAAAAUCGUCUUUGUUCUACUUAGCCAACAAAAUUUCAUCAAGCUAUUGAGCACAGUCAUGAUAAUAUCAAAUAUGGGCAAGUGUCCACACAUACUUAGGCAAUGCACAACAGCUGUCUGGCUUCUAGACCACACAUUGCAGCUUCCAGAGUCUUCUGAGGCCCAUGUCAAGAAGCUCUCGGCCUGUCUGUCUGCUGGUGAGCUGGACCUCACCAAGCUGGUGUGGCCAUCGGUGGCUGGCAUUUGGGUCAGCCUGUUAGGCCCUGCACCAAGUGUGUCUCAGAGAUCAGUGCUAAAGGGUUUUGGGUUCCAUGGUGGAGAUCAUCAGGCUUGGCUUUCUGAACCUUUCAUGUAGCUUUUGAGUCCAUGUGAUUUCAUUGUUUACUUGAUCCCCUCUUCAAGUAUCAUUUCACGUUUUGCCUCUUAAAUUAAAACUCUCCUAGAGGGUUGUGGGCAUAGCCUAAUGGUAGAGGGCUUGCCUUGCAUGGACAAGGCCCUGGAGUUGAUCACAGUGCAAAACCUUAACUUUUUUUUUUUUUUUAAGAUUUUCUGGCUACUCAAAUCCUCUUAAAUGUCUUUCACUUGUUUCUCAGUGCUUCAUGACUAACCACUUCUCUGUUAUCUAAUUGCUUUCUGUGUGUUUAUUUCCCUCUUUCUAAUGAGAUUGGUUUUUGUUUUGUUUGUUUUGUUUUUUGAGAACAGGCACCAUGGAUUACUCCACUAAAUCUUCCAUGAUGCCUACAAGAACUUGGUUUUGAAUAAUUUCCUAAUUGUAUGUGUAAGAAGUAGAAAGGCCAUCAGACACGAGGCACUGGCCAAUUCCUGGCUACUCCAUAUUGCAUAACUCUAACCGUUGGUCUGCUUGCUUGCUUGCUUACUUUUUUCUUUUCUUUUUUUUUUUAAGACAGGGUUUCUCAACUGGCUUUCCAAACACUCACUAAAUAGUCAAGGCUGGCCUUGAACUCACAUAUAUCUGCCUUCCACUGCCUCCUGAAUACUGGGAUUAAACAUGUGUAUACCUGCUUGCAUGCCUGUCUGACUUCCUUUUUUUUCCUUCCUUCCUUCUUCCUUCCUUGCUUUUUAAAACUACCUAGCUUUCUUGUUAUCAUCAGGCAUCUUCAAUGCACAGCCAGAAUGAAAGUGUAGCCUUACCUCGUGACAGGAUGCUAACAUCUUUAACAAAUAGGAACCACAUGUAUAAGACAUUUGUGAGUAUACAGGACAUCUAGAAACACAUAAGCUUACAUAAGAGAGGUUUUACUGAUUGGCAAACACCACACCUUUCCCCACUCAAAACAAAAAUUCCUCUAAUACUAUAAGAAUGGUCUCAAGAGAUCAGCACAAGCCUCCUACGAGUCAACAAAAUAGCUGCCAGAUCCUUUAACAGGUUCAUCUCAGGCGAAUAUGAAUUUCAUUAUGGCCUUCCCUCAUUGCACAAUUCCCAGAGUCUUAUGAUAUCAAUCGACACAUCAGAAAAGGAGUGCUGAGAUAGCAAGAUUGGGGCUGGAGAGGUGGGCGGCUCUCUAGAGGACCGAAGUUCCAAACUGGGGGCUCACAACCACCUGUGGCUCCAGCUCCAGGGGAUCGGCUUCUCUCUCCCCCUUUGCAAGCAUUGCACGAUGUACGCAGGCCCACACUCCAACAUAACACACACGUAAUUUAAAAAUCAAAAUGAAAUAAUCGCAGGAAUACUGUUAGAGGGAACCAAGAGCUACAGGAAACAGUAAAUUCUGUUAGUGGAAGCAUGCAUGGGGCCCGAGUUAGCCUCUUUGAGGGCUGGAAACUGCCUUUCUAAUGAGCUAAAUAGAAAAGCAUGUCUCUGGCCAGAAAUUCAGCCUCCGCUCACAUACUUCCUCAAAUAUUAGCAUUCCUCCUGCUGCAGAUGGUUUUGUGUGCUGCUGGUGGGAAUUCCAUCCAAACAGCAUUAUAGAGUGACAAAGGUGUCCAGUUCCCUCCAGGAAAAGAAAAUCUAAAAAUGAUUCCUAACGAGCCAGCUAGUGGCCCUUGCAUCUGACUGGGUACUGACUGGGUAGUGAGCAUAACUACUAGCCAGAGACUGUAUUCACUAAGUAACUAUGAUUGAGAUGUAUCAUUUUCAUAUAGUAGUCUUCAUAUAUAUAUACAUACAUAUACACACACACAUAUAUAUAUACUCUAAUUCUUAAUUGAAAACUAAUUGGCAUAUAUGCUUUGGAGCUAUUUUGUGAAAGGUUAGUGAUAUCAAUAAAAGUCCACUAAUCCCAAAAUAAA